UAACUUUGGAUCAAUAAUAAAUUCUUAAAGACUUGGGCUCUAGAGCUUCCUCUUAUGUGAAAUUAGGUAAGCACAUCGACAAUAGUGAUUUGGUGGCUUUGAAGAUCAUCAAGGACAGUGAUUCUCGGAACUGUUACUCUGCCGCGACUUUAAAGACCAAAAUAGAGAUUAUGAGUGAUAUUAACCACCCCAACAUUAUUAACAUGCUAAAUAGCACCGAUGGUUGUACUUUGAAAGAAGCUAGUGGGGAUGUCAAGGAUAAAGUGUUCUACUUAGCUUUAGAACUUGCUUCAGGUGGGGAACUGUUCGAUUUCAUCGCCCAGAAUGCAAGCUUCUCAAAGCCUGUAGCAAGAUUCUACUUCCAUCAGAUAAUGGAUGCUUUUGAGUAUCUACACUUAAAAGGAAUUAGCCAUAGAAACAUGAAGCCUGAUAAUAUUAUGUUUAACAAAGAAUUCAACCUGAAAAUUGCAGAUUUCGGUUUGAGUUUUAAAGCUGCUACCAAUCAGUCCUUUAAGAGUACGGGAACUACAUGGCUCAAGAUAUUCUAAUUGGCGGUGAGUACCACGGUCAGAUGGUAGAUAUUUUUGCUGAUGGAAUCAUUCUUUUCAUUAUGGUGACCCAGAUCCCUCCAUUUCAGAUGACCCAUCCCUAGGAAGGUUGGUGCAAGUUUGAGUAUCAAGUGCAGAAUCAUCCAGGAGUAAUAGAAUUGUUCUCAAAGAGCUUUAUUGACUUGGUAAAUUAGCUUUCAACUUCAAUCAUACAACUAGGCCUCCAUUAUCCUAGAUCAAUAUAAGAGUGAUACACUGGGCCAGUCAUGAUUAAAGAUGAAAUUACUUAAUAGUUUACUAAGAGUCAAGCUAUGCUAGAUCAAUGCUCUAAUGAUACAUUCUCAGAAGCCGAUGUUGCACAAGGAGUCUAUGAUUCUAAAUUAGUCCACAGAGGCGUCAAGGAAAUGUUGAAGAGCCCUCGACUCUUCCAGUACUCCACAUGAAAGAGGUUGAAUGGAUUGCUUGUUUGGGUUACCUUAUUAAAUUCUUUUCCAAAUUUUCUUUGGAAGAGCUCUUAACUACUAUUGGCCAAUUUGCUAUAUCAAAAUCGAGCUAUUACAAGUUUUCAGCAUUGGAAUAUUCAAUUAUUAUGAAUAUCGCUGAUAAUAGCGAACAGAGAGUUAUACUUCAAGAUAGCAUUGCUGUAAACUUUAGGAUUGAAUUAAAAAUCUAAUUUUUAAUAUUUCUAUAAUCUUUCUUUGAGAGAAACUCUCGGAAAAUAAUAGCAUGAUUAUUCAAUAUAUCAGAUGUUGAGAUAUCUUAAAUAUGCCAGAUUUGUUAAAUAAUACCCCUGGAAUCUUCUAGUUAAUACCUAUUCUCUCCAAUCUUUGCUGAUACAAUAUGGAUGCUGACGAUAACAAUCAUCCUAUUGAAUUAACCAAGUUAGCAGGAGACAGAUUCCAGUUCAAGGAUAUUUAUAAAGAAAUCAAGGGCUUGUUCGGAGGCCUCAU